CCACUGCUAGAUUCAGUCGUAGCGUCUUAGCGUCAUACGUCGCUUGACGUAAGAAUGUUCUCGUCCAAUCAGAUGCAGGGACGGAACAGCAGCUUGUGUUUGAAAUCUUCGCGCUUAGGGUUUUGGUUUUGCUUACUAUCAGCUCGAAUGUUUUGUUUAAAGUUAAAUAAAGAGAAAUACAAAUUGUCUUAGUACACUAGUCAAAUCAUUCGUCGUGGAUUCAUAUUGUAUCAUAUGAGUUUAUUUCUAAAGGUAUCAAGCCAAAAUGAAAUAAAUCAUGCUUUGCCAGCAUGGAUACCUCUGUCUUGACAUCCAAAAGUAACAUAACUGAUUUGAGAAGAUACACACACUAAGGAGGAGAGAUUUUCAGUGGGAAUCUGUGAAAUAGGACAAUGUCGGAUGGGGAGGUGUGCAGCCACGUAAAAGUGGUGGUCCGUGUCCGUCCUUUAAACAACAAAGAAAAGGAUGGAAAUCACAAGAAGGUCGUCCACGUAGUCGACAACCACAUGCUUAUCUUUGAUCCUAAAGAGGAAGAAGUGACAUUUUUCCGGGGACAGCGGGUAGGCAACAGGGAUGUGCGGAGGAGAGCUAAUAAGGACCUCAAGUUUGUGUUUGACUGCGUGUUUAGGGAGGACUCUUCACAGUUGGAAGUUUUUGAGAACACCACUAAAGCAAUAGUGGAUGGUGUCCUAAAUGGCUACAACUGCACUGUGUUUGCUUAUGGAGCUACAGGAGCAGGAAAAACACACACCAUGUUGGGCACUAGUGAUUCUCCAGGAGUGAUGUUUCUCACUAUGAAAGAACUGUUCGCACGGAUGGACCUCAUCAAGGAGGACAAAGUGUUUAACAUAGCUUUUUCUUAUCUUGAGGUUUAUAAUGAGCAGAUUCGGGAUUUGCUAACUAACUCUGGUCCAUUGGCGGUGAGAGAGGACGGCUCCAAUGGAGUUGUUGUUCAAGGACUCACUCUGCACCAGCCCAAAUCUGCAGAGCACAUCCUUGAAGCUCUUGAUUAUGGUAACAGAAACAGGACGCAGCACCCCACUGACAUGAACGCCACGUCUUCCCGCUCCCAUGCCGUAUUCCAGAUCUACUUGAGGCAGCAGGAUAAGACAGCCAGUCUCAAUCCAAAUGUUCGUGUGGCCAAGAUGAGCUUAAUCGACCUGGCCGGCUCAGAAAGGGCCAGUACAACCAAUGCCAAGGGGGCUCGUCUCAGAGAGGGGGCCAACAUCAACCGCUCCCUCCUCGCCCUGGGGAAUGUCAUCAACGCGCUAGCCAACCCCAAAUGUAAGAAGACACACAUUCCUUACAGAGAUAGCAAGCUGACACGGCUCCUCAAAGACUCUCUCGGUGGAAACUGCCGAACUGUGAUGAUCGCGAAUGUCAGCCCGUCCUCGGUCUCCUAUGAAGAUACGCAUAACACUCUCAAAUAUGCCAACCGCGCCAAGGAGAUCAAAUCCACUCUGAAGAGUAAUGUGAUGAGCUUGGACAGUCACAUUGGCCAGUAUGCUGUCAUCUGUGAAAAGCAGAAAGCUGAGAUUGUCAUGCUGAAACAGAAACUCAAAGAGUACGAAGAGCGGAAGGUGGAGGUUCCUGCCCUUAAUCCAAUCCCCGUCCAGAGGAGAGCCGAAUUUGAGAAGAUGUCUGAGUCCCUGCGCAGUGUGUUUGCUGCACGUCUGCAGGUCCGUAAAGAACAUCUGAACACCGAGAAGCAGCUAAAUGAAAACAGGCUGACUAUGAAACACAGGGAGCUGUGGCAUCAGCAGAGUCUGAUCUUCUUCCCUGACAGCAGGGCCGAAACGGCCACCUGUAAGUAUGAGCGUAAACUGGCCUCCCUGAAGUCUCAUCGGGAGCACUUGCACAAACGCUUGAUGGAGAGUGAAAAGCACUUCCAGGAGAACGAGGGGUGGCUUCACCGCAUCGAAAACGAGAUGAAGCUGCUUGGACAUGAAGGACACUCUCCAGAGGAGUUGAAAAGGGAACUGCAGUGCCAUCAGCUACAGCUGCAGAUCACUGACCUUCAGCAACACAUUGAGCACAUGAGCCACCUCAUCAGUGUUCAAGACCAGGAAAACGCUCACACGCACAAGUUGGUGAACGCCCUGCUGUCCACCUGCCGUCGACAGCACCUGGCGUUGGAGGCCGCGAGCAUUGCCACCGAUGACGCUGAGUGGGCGGAGCUGGAGCGGCUGGUGCACAGAGGGAGGGGUGUGGUCUGGGCAGACCAGGAGAAAGCAGAGGAUAGGGAUGAUGGUGGCACAGGGAGCACUCAUCUACAGCCCAUCCUGUCUUUCUCACACCUCGUGUCUCACCAGAGCACGCCAUGCAGCUCAGAGAAACACACACGCCGAACCUCUCAGCGUCUCAGACCAACACACUUAUCUAAAGGCUGUAGCCCUCAACUUCAGGAUGGAAAUGUUGAAUGUCCUCUUAAAAAACCAAUCAGGAGGAAGCUGUCUGUGUCUCCUGCAAACCCAGAUGAGGAUGGGCCCAAUCCUGUGCUGUCCCAUUACCCCCCUGCCGUUCAGGAGGUCUUAAAACAGGAGGGCAUGUUCCCACUGCAGUACACUCCUGAGGGGCAGCCGCACACCUCCAGUAGCUUUGAUCCAAACUCCACUAUCGACAUUGGUCACAACGAGGACCCAUCAGGCGGUAAUGCCACAGUCAUCCUAUCACCUGAGCCCCCUGGCCACACAACACUUCGGGCACUGCGUGCUAACAACGGAAAUGAGCCAGCAAAAAGGUUGGAGAUCCCAUCACUAUUAGACCUGCGAAAAUCCAAACCGUCCUACAUGGCCAUGACCUCAGCUGCUCAGGUCAAGCGCAAGUUCAACGGUUCCAACACUGGGAAAGAAGACAGUUUUCAGGCCACGUCUGCGGCACCCAAGCGCAUAAAGAGAGAUCCCUGCGAGGCGUCUAAACCGCUGCGGAUCCGACGUUUUGGAGUAUCAUCAGAGAAUGAGCCAAGCCGUAGAGUAGUACGGAGUGUGUCUGAGGGAAACCUCCAUCAGCUUGAACAGCGUAAGCCCAAGUUGAGCUCAAUGAGGCCUGCUGCACUCUUUAAAAAAGUCACCAAGAGGAUGUGAGAGGCUAUUGAAGGCACUGUUCUCACAUACUUUUCAUCAGAGUUGAUGUAGAAAAGAUGUAAAAAUGUGUUUGUUUUUUUUUUUUAAGAUGUUUUUAUUGUUGUUAUUACAGGGACUGUUGUUAUUUGGACUUGAUUAGUUUUAGGAAACUGGAUUGUUUUUAUAUUAAUGUUUUAAAAUCUGUAUGUGCGUAGAAAACUUGUCCAGCCUAAUAUGG